ACAACAUCACAAGAAAAGUCCGGUCUUCGGAGUUCACCCUUUCAACCUACCUUGACCCUUGUCCCAUAUUGAGUAGCGCAUGUCUCGGUAGACUUGAGCCGAACCUCCCCCAAGUCCCCCUCACAUACCCCGCUCCUAUCUUGGGAUUAAAACCAUCCCAUCGCAUCACCACUUGCACUUACCUUGCCUCGGCAUUAUCAUCAUCAUCCGGACUUACCAAGUCAAGCAACUUAAAGACCACCACCUCUUCAGCCUCAACCACCUCCUCAACUACCCUUCCCGUCACCCUCACCCAACACAGCAAGCAAGACAACUGACCACCACCACCAACACCAACAUGUCCUCCCAACCCCCACCCCUCACCCAACCAACCACCACCACCUCCUCGCCCGACAUGUACACCACCUCCUCGGCCUUCUUCGAAGCCCUCUUCUCCGCCGGCGUGUCCCACGUCUUCGUCAACCUGGGUUCCGACCACCCGUCCAUCAUCGAAGCCAUGGUGCGCGGCAAGAACGACCCAGCCAACUUCCCGCGCAUCAUCACCUGCCCCAACGAAAUGGUAGCCAUGUCCAUGGCGGACGGGUACGCGCGCUUGACAGGUCAACCACAGGCUGUGAUUGUGCACGUGGACGUGGGCACGCAGGGGUUGGGUGCUGCUGUUCACAAUUCCAGUGCUGGUAGAGCGCCGGUGCUGGUGUUUGCGGGGAUUUCGCCAAUUACGAUUGAGGGAGAGCUGAGAGGGUCCAGGACCGAGUAUAUCCAUUGGAUUCAGGACGUGCCGGAUCAGAAGCAGAUUGUGGGGCAGUAUUGUCGGUAUGCGGCGGAGCUGAAGACGGGGGUGAAUGUCAAGCAGAUGGUGAAUAGGGCGUUGCAGUUUGCUAAGAGUCAGCCGCAGGGUCCGGUGUACCUGUGUGGAAGUAGGGAGGUGAUGGAGAUGGAGAUCCCCAAGUAUGAACUGAACCAGGCACACUGGAAGCCGGUUGAGCUGGGGGCUUUGUCUAAGGGGGCGGUGCAGGAGAUGGCGGGUGCGUUGGCCGGUGCUAAGAAGCCGCUUGUGGUUACCGGGUAUGCGGGCAGGAACCACGCUAUCCCGCAGGCACUGGUGGAGUUGGCCAACACGGUCAAGGGAUUGAGGGUGUUGGAUACCGGCGGCAGUGAUAUGUGUUUCCCCGCCGAUCAUCCGGGCUGGUUGGGGUUGAGGUUUGGCAACGAUCAGUCCGUGGCGGAGGCGGAUGUCAUUCUUGUGUUGGACUGUGAUGUGCCGUGGAUCCCGACACAGAUCAAGCCGAACAAGGAGGCCAGGAUCUUCCAUGUGGACGUCGAUCCCCUGAAGCAGGUCAUGCCCGUGUUCUACCUAGAGGCGGAGGCGAGGUAUAGAGCUGAUCCGUUGACAGCUGUGGAGCAGUUGACGGAGAAGCUGAAGACUGACCAAGAGCUGAAGAAGCAGCUGGAGGGCGAAGAGCGCGAGAAGAGGUGGAAGGAGCUCCAGGCCCAACACAGGCAGAAGCUGGAGGAGAUUGCCGAGAGAGCAAAGCCUCUGGAGAACGGAGAGUAUGGCACUGGUCACCUGUGCAGGAGGUUGAGGGCUUUGUGCCCCGAGGAUACCGUAUGGGCUAUUGAGGCUGUUACCAACACGCUGUUUGUGCACGAUAACCUCCAGCCUACGCUGCCUGGGUCGUGGAUCAACUGCGGUGGUGGUGGUCUUGGUUGGUCUGGCGGUGGUGCCCUGGGUAUCAAGCUGGCUACUGAGGUCGAGGCCAAGGCCAAGGGAGGGAAGGGCAAGUUCGUGGUGCAGAUUGUUGGCGAUGGGACCUUCCUGUUCUCGGUGCCGGGAAGUGUGUACUGGAUCUCCAAGAGAUACGGCAUUCCCGUGUUGACCAUUGUUUUGAACAACAAGGGAUGGAACGCCCCUCGUCGGUCUCUGCUCCUGGUCCACCCCGACGGACUCGGGUCCAAGGCUUCCAACGAAGACAUCAAUAUCGAGUUCAACCCAUCGCCUGAUUAUGCGGGUAUCGCCAAGGCGGCUGCGGGUGGUGAUUUGUUUGCGGCUAGGGUUGACAACACGGCGGAUCUGGAUCGGGUGUUGAAGGAGGCCAUUGCCGCGGUGGAGGGGGGACAGAGUGCCGUGGUGGACUGCAAGGUGGUCAUGGGAUCUUAGUUUGUUUUGGACGAGCUUCAAAAUCGUAUCCACGUGUUUCUCAGAGCCCGGAGCGUGUGGUUGAUGGUGGAUUGGAUCUGUUGUACGAGAAGCGACGUCGUCGUCCGUCUCUUGGCACCGGCGAUUCGUCGAAUCUCUGGAGAGUUUUCGUUCGGUGGCAUGUUUGG